GGUGCGAUGCUACCGCCAGGGGCCGCCCUCCGCGUAUUACCGGGACCGCGUACCCGCACACGGAAAUUCCCGCCCUCCCGGUGCCGGCCGCUGACGCGGCGGCGGGAAUAUGGAGGCAGCGGCGGCGCUGGGCGCGUCGGAGAUACCGGGCGCCCUCAUCGUCCUCAUCCUUGUCCUGUUGCUGGCGUUCGCGCUGCACCGCUCUGCUCCGCGGGAGACCCCCACCGCCCCGCAGGACGGACCCAGGGCGAACGGACAGGCCAGGCCGCAGGAGCCGCGGAAGGCGAAGGCGGUGGUGAGGGCUCGCAGGGAGAAGCCGCACCAGCACAGCUUCGCACAUCGGCUGCUGGUGGCUGCCCUCAAGGGCCACAGCAGUCCGGUGACAUGCCUGGACUUCAGCAGCAACGGCAAGUACCUGGCGUCGUGCUCCGACGACCGCACAGUGCGGCUGUGGAGCACCCGGGACCUGGCAGGGCGGGAGCACCGCUGCCUGCGCAUCAACAUGGGGCUGGACCACGCCGAGCUCGUCCGCCUCAGCCCUGACUCACGGGCUUUCAUUGUCUGGCUGGCCAAUGCUGAGACUAUUCGCGUCUACAAGAUGACCAAGAAGGAUGAUGGCAGCUUCACCUUCACUGCGACUUCUGGGGACUUCCCAAAGAAGCACAAGGCUCCUGUCAUUAACAUAGGGAUUGCAGAGACAGGGAAGUUUAUCAUGACAGCUUCCAGUGACACAACCAUCCUGAUCUGGAGCCCAAAGGGCAAAGUCCUGGCCAGCAUUAACACCAACCAGAUGAACAAUGCCUAUGCCACAGUGUCACCCUGUGGGAGGUUUGUGGCAUCCUGUGGCUUUACCCCUGAUGUGAAAGUGUGGGAAGUGUAUUUUAGUAAGAACGGAGACUUCAGGGAGGUGACCAGGGCUUUUGAGUUGAAAGGCCACACUGCUGGUGUACAAUCCUUUUCCUUCUCCAAUGACUCAAGAAGGAUGGCAACCGUGUCAAAGGAUGGCACAUGGAAGUUCUGGGACACAGAUGUGGAGUACAAGAAGCAGCAGGACCCAUAUCUGCUUCUGACAGGGCAGUGUGCAGUGCCGGAGCCAUGCCGCAUUGCCCUGUCCCCUGACAGCCGCACGGUCGCCGUGGCGGGCGGCACAGACAUCGUGGUGUACAACACACGGCACGGUGAGGAGGAGGAGCAUUUUCUUGGCGUGCACAGCCACUGUGUCACAGACCUUGUGUUUGACACCACCGGCCGCUAUAUCGUGUCCUGUGGGGAUCGUGCUAUCCAUGUCUUCCACAACGCUGCUGGGCAUCGUGCUGUGGUGGAGGAGAUGGAGGCCAUGCUGAAAAAAACUGGCAACAAAGCCAUGCAGGAGAGGCUGGAGCAGCAGAUCUCCAGCGCUCACAAAGCAUUGGCUGCUAUCUAUGGCAAGAAGUACUAAGCUACCUGUACAGCAGGAGGCAACUGCACUCUCCCUUGGGGGUGUUAUUUUUUUUUAAAUAACUGUGAACAGCAAUAAUAAACAGAGUGCCCAGGUUC